UAAAAAAAAAGUCCGCUUGCUUCUACUUCUUUUUAUCUGAGUGAGUGUGUUCUUCGAGAAGACUAGUGCAGUUAUAUAUAUACAGAGACCACUCUCACUUGCCAUUUUCCCGAGAAAACGCGAGAGAAAAGCAAAACAAAAUUAUGGUAGGAAGAAGAAAAGCUUUACUCUUUAGUCUCUGUUUCUUCUUCCUCUCUCUUCCUUGCUUGUCUUCCCUUCCUGCAUUUCAAACCCUUGUCCCCAAUUCUCAUUCUCUCCCUUCUGCUUCUCCGGUCUCAUUCCAACCCGACUCCGACUCUCUGCUUGGAUCCGAAUUAGAAUCCGAAUCCGAGUCCGAGGCUUCCAUCAGUCUAAACCUCGACCACAUCGAUGCUCUCUCCUCCAACAAGACACCAGACGAGCUCUUCAGCUCCCGCCUCCUACGCGACUCCCGGCGCGUGAAAUCAAUCGUCACUCUAGCCGCUCGAGUCCCCAGAAGAAACGUGACUCACGCGCCAAGACCCGGCGGAUUCAGCAGCUCUGUCGUCUCUGGUCUCUCUCAAGGAAGCGGUGAAUACUUCACGCGCCUCGGCGUCGGGACUCCGGCGAGAUAUGUCUACAUGGUGCUCGACACAGGAAGUGACAUCGUCUGGCUCCAAUGCGCUCCUUGCCGGAGAUGCUACUCUCAAUCCGACCCGAUAUUCGACCCGAGAAAGUCCCGGACCUAUUCAACAAUCCCCUGUUCUUCACCUCAGUGCCGGCGAUUAGACUCCGCCGGAUGCAACACCCGUCGUAAGACUUGCCUCUACCAAGUCUCUUACGGCGAUGGUUCUUUCACCGUCGGCGACUUCUCCACCGAAACCUUGACUUUCCGACGAAAUCGCGUUAAAGGCGUCGCUCUCGGGUGUGGUCACGACAACGAAGGUCUCUUCGUCGGAGCCGCCGGUUUGUUAGGACUCGGUAAAGGAAAGUUAUCGUUCCCCGGUCAAACCGGUCACCGGUUUAAUCAGAAGUUUUCUUACUGUCUAGUCGACAGAUCAGCGUCGUCGAAACCUUCCUCAGUCGUCUUCGGAAACGCCGCCGUUUCAAGAACCGCGAGAUUCACGCCGCUUCUGUCAAACCCAAAGCUCGACACUUUCUACUACGUCGAGCUUUUGGGAAUCAGCGUCGGAGGGACACGUGUCCCCGGCGUUACGGCUUCGCUUUUUAAACUCGACCAGAUAGGCAACGGUGGAGUUAUCAUCGAUUCGGGUACGUCUGUGACCCGGUUGAUCCGACCCGCUUAUAUCGCUAUGAGAGACGCGUUCCGGGUCGGAGCGAGGACCUUAAAAAGAGCUCCGGAUUUCUCACUCUUCGACACGUGUUUCGAUCUCUCCAAUAUGAACGAGGUUAAAGUCCCGACGGUGGUUUUGCAUUUCCGUGGGGCGGACGUGUCACUUCCGGCGACGAAUUAUCUGAUUCCGGUUGAUACCAACGGCAAGUUCUGUUUUGCGUUUGCCGGCACGAUGGGUGGACUAUCCAUCAUUGGGAAUAUUCAGCAACAGGGUUUCCGGGUCGUAUACGACUUAGCGACUUCCCGGGUCGGGUUUGCUCCACGAGGAUGCGCUUAAUCAUGACCCGACCGGCGCACCGGUACGGACAAUGUACUUUUGUUUUCGCAAUUUAAUGCAUUUAGACUUGUGUUUUUUUUUUUCCUUUCAAAUCGGACAAGUGAAUCUUUAAGCGGUGGAGUUGAAUACGUGUUGAGAAAAGCUUCACGUGUUGUCGGCUGUAUUUAUUAUUAGUCUCGUCUUUAUAUAAUUUUUUAAAAAUCAUCUUGCAUUAAAACA